AUGCCGCCUCAAAGUAGAGGCGCAUCGCCUGAGCCAGGGCAACACUCUCCCCCAAAGUCUCCUCCCUUCCCUCCUACUCUCCGACCGUAUCUCGAAAACCUGCCCGCUCCUACGCUGUUACUCCCGGAUCAGCGCACUCCAACUGGCCCGCGUAUGAUGAUCCCAGACCGAGAUAUGACCACCCCUACGCCGACGACCCCCCAACCGCAACAGACGAGGCCACGCGCGGUUACCCCAGCAUUCGUGCUGGCUGGCGAAGAACCCGACCGAACUGAAGAAGAAGGUUCGACCAGCCCUAAAGAGAGUACACCCUUGGACGAGGUCGACGUAGCAGGGGUGACGCUUGACGACGAUGAUUUUGAAUCCCACUACUCACGGCAAGAGUCUGAAGAGUCGGAAUGGGAUGAGGAAGGGGAAGGGUCUGAAGAAGAGGUGGAAGUCGGCGACGAGCAAGAUCCCCAAAACAAUGCAGGUCCCAGUAGAUUCAACCCAUCAUCGCCGGCGAGACCAGACAUGCUCUCGCGGGUACGUUCUCUACCGACACGUCCUCCGCUGUCUGGUGCACAUGCGAAUGCGCACAAUCAGGCCGUCCAUGAGCUGCACACUUCACAAUCAACCACGUCGCUCCCACCUCCUCCGCCGCCACCGCUCUACCCACCCUUCUACAACCGGCCACCCACCCCGCUUCCGCCCUCGCCGAGCCUCACGUCGCUGCUUCGGCCGCCUUCCUUGCUCAAUCGAUCUACCGCCUCCACACGACCGACGACCCCUGACAGUUCAGAUGUCGAGACGCCGAAUGACACCGAAGCUGCCGUGGCGCAUUCUGCCCGCCGUGCGCACCCUCUCCCACCCACCUCUCCCAAGGUCCCGACGUACGAGUACUAUGGAUUCGUUCUGUAUUUGGCAUCCUCUCUAGCCUUCUUGUUCUACAUUCUGUGGUCAUACCUUCCGUCACCCUUCCUCCACGCUCUGGGCAUCACCUACUACCCGAAUCGAUGGUGGUCUCUGGCCAUCCCUGCCUGGAUCGUGAUCCUGUUGGUCUACAUCUAUGUCGCAUUGCUCAGCUACAACGUCGAGUACUUGACUCUCCCGCUCGACAGCUUAGAAUGCAUGGUGGACGAGGCGGCCAAUGUGGCCAUCCUCGACGAAUUAGGCCGGGUCCGGAAAGGUGGUAGCAAGAGAUUGAUCAAGCAGUUGGACGAGCGGGAGAGGAUGGAAAUUGCAACAUCAGCGUCCAAUGCCAGGGGCGGAAAAGCUCUGUUGAAGUACCCCAGGGGCGGAACCGGGAAUUCGUCCAAAAUCAAGGAAAAGACACGGCGCAGAUCGUCUCACGCGAGACCUGGGCCCGUCCGCUCGCAACCACCAGAUCUCCCGGCGCGAGACUUCCAGCGCCCACAGACAGACAUGACCACUCACUCCUCACGCCACCGGUCCUCUGGCUAUCCGCCUGGGGGAGCUUCCUUUCCCUACCUCUCCGGCACAGACGGCCAUUCCCGAGAUUCGCCAGCCGGCGCGACUUCCCACAGCCAACACGUCGCAUACCCGAACUGGAAACUCGUGUGGAAUGAGGGCACAGAUGCCGUCAUGGAUAUACCUAUUGGGGGGGUAUGCGAAGUCUUGUAUGGCUAA